AUCAUUCACUGACUUUAGUACUGUUUCGACCACCGGCGCGUGUGCGUUGAGUUUGCACUGGUAGACUUGGUACUUUGAAAUUUCUUGAUUGAGGCUCCUCUGAGUGUUGAUGUGAUGCUUUCUGAAUAGAAGGAAAGUCGCGCGAGGAAUUAAAAUUAUAACGCUUCGGAUAGUGCCGUCAGCUGGAUUGAUUGGAAUUCCAGUGCUGAUGAGACCCAAUUAGUGAUGUUAUUUGUCUGGUUGCAGUGAAAGUUCAAAUGUCACACAGGAAUGACUCGAAGCAAAACAAAUGAGCGCACACAAGCAUGACUGAAGGACGACGGUAGGAAUGUGUAUGUGUGUACUGGUCGUAUGUAGAUUCGGAGAGUUACCUUGUGUCCUGUAGAGUGCAUCCUGGACGGUGUGACGAGGACUGGUGGGAAAUUUAUUACGCUCUCACGAUGAAAGCACUCGAGUGCGAUAUUCGGAGCCCCAUGUUUUGAUCCCAUAAUACUACAGGGCGGGUUGCACAUCGGAGGUCCCCUGAAGCGGUGUGAGUGUUGAGUGAAACUGCUGCCAGGACGGUGGUGCUAAACGAGAAAAACUAAAGUUAUUGUUCCGUGAAAAUUGCCGAUAACGGCUCUGCCACGGCUUUUCGGGUGACGUGCUAGGCUGCGAGGUGUGUAGUAAUAGAGGUGUUAUUUUCGCAGCCCGGCCAUUCGAGGAGACUGUGCUAUGUAUGUUAUUUCUGCUGUUGGAAAAAUCGAUCCUGAUGAAUAAUUAAGCAAGCUUCCACAGUGCUUUUCUCGCUUGCUUGUCUCGCGGUUACUGACGGUGGAGGUUCAGGGACUUGCUAUGUGCGUGUAAAGGACUCAAGUGCCGCUUGAUUUGCCCCAUCGGGCAUAACUGAUCCAACCCGACACCAGUUAUCUUCCAUGCAUGUCGAGCAAGGCUACGUUCAACUGUGCGAGCAUGACACAAGACCGCACUUAAUUCGACUGGGCGUAAACCGCCCACUCGCGUGCCACGCUGAACGGUGCAUUGGUAACUGGCUUCCACACCUCCAGUUCUACGUUGCCGCAGGCCCAGCCAGAGACUUCAUUCUCGGGGGCAUUGGUAGCAAAUCCUUGGAAGCAAAACAGAAUCGAAAAUUGAAUUUCGCUUUUCACGUCAGAUCCGCUUAUCCCGAGACCGUACAUGGGACGAAUAAUAACAUCGGGAUGGAAACAAAUUGAGUGUAGUGCUUAGAACGUAAAACGGUGCCGGAAUUUAAUCUGUCCAGUAGUGUCAUUCGGGGGAAGCAGUUCCACAGAAGUGAUCCAAUUAUAAGCGCUGGGUAUGCCUUGAAUAAAUUACAAUAAAUUUGUUAGUCUCCAAAAAAAUAAAGGCCAUUGUGUGCGUGUGGAAGUGCUUGAUUAUGACAUCCCCUAAAUAAAAAAAAUUGUGUAUGGUCCGUAAGUUGUACUUGCGAUGCUGUUUGAGUGUUGGCAGAAAAGGUGUUCUACUUAUCACCGAUCUCGAUGAGAACCGGCGGUCCUGUUUACUUUGCCUGUCGGGGAUCCAAGUGCUUUGUGAAGCUCGAGACCAGAGCGAGAGAGAGAAAAAGUAAACUACUUUAAUAAACGGUGCAAGCUGUAAAGUGCGAUGCGGGUGAAAACAUUCAGCAUAGGUUGAUUCGACAGAGAGAAAAAAAAGAUCAAUAUAGUAUAAAUUGGAAAUCUUUGUUUGUUGAUUCGGCCGAUCCUAAGCUAAUAUACAGGAUAAAUACAAUCAUCUGUUCGGAAGUUGGAUGGAAAUCUUCAAACACCCCUCAAAGACGUAAUGGACGGUCAGCAUAAGGAAAGCUGUCUGUGGUGCUCGUGUGUGAAGAGAGAGGACACAACAUUUCGCUGUUGGGUCUUCAUCAUUACUAGUGUCAGCUCUGCGUGCUUUUGCUAGACGGAGUGAAAAUUUUGUUCAUUUCAAGUGCAAAUAUUUGCACAAAAGGUGUGUUUUCAAAUAGCCAAAGUAAACGUUGCAAAUUCUUAGUGCCGAUGUUGCUCGCUCGGUUGGGUGCUGGAAGUGAUUGAUAAUUUUCCAUGGGCGUUUCAAAUCAAACGGAAAGUGUUUUACCUAGCAGCAGCAGCAGCGAAGAGUUGAGUUUGAGAAAAGCAGUAAACAUUUGCUUGCCAUUCAUCGUGCAAACAUGAAAAGUUUGGAGAAAUUAACUUCAAUUUUUAACGAGAGUAUGCUCUAUAUAACAUAUCCACUGUAACAAGUGUAUGGUUUGGAAUCAUAAAUACAACGAAUAGCGCUGCUACGAACCGUGUCUCGCGCAGCGCCCGACGGUAGAAGAAAAGCAGCCAUUAAAAACAGAAAAAAGCACUGCAAAACGCCAAAGUUGAGUGGUACGGUCGAGCUCCGGUGCAUGUGAGGCUGAAGAACGACGACCACAAAUAAGUGUGGCUCUGUGACGCAUUUCCAGACAGUUUCUGAUACAGGAAGAAAAGUGUUGGCCCUGUUGAGAAUUCUCGAAGGACAACCGGAAAGGAAGUUUAGUGCUGUGGAUAGCUUUCUCAAGGUAAGCCGAGUGCAUCUAAAGACGUCCACAUUCAUUUGAGUACUUCGAAGCCACUUAAGGCAAUUGUCGUCUCCACGCCGAUCAUCAAACAGCGGGGUUACACUUGGCCAGAUACAAACAGCCGCACUGCCAAGCAUCGUUUCGCUGCAUUACCCAAUGGGAAGAAAGGAAAUUCAUCGACUGGCAAGUCUAGUGUGAAUUGCGCUACCACACCGUUUCCGGCAUUGUCUGUAAGGGGUAAGAACGGAUGCAAAGCUGCAGCGGAGAUCAAUCGGGAAAUGGUUCAGAAUUGAACAGUUUCAAGGAUGAGUGCACAUCGAGUCACAGAUUGAACGAUAUUUGCGGGGAAAAGUGGGGAACACUUUGUGUCUGGCAGCUGUGAAACAGAAAGUGAAACGACUCUACCGAACGAUUCCCGUGGGUGUACUUUAUCAAGCUUCGCCUGUAUCAAGUUGGAAAACUUCGAAAAACUUAUCCUAAUUUAAAAGUGAUUUCUUUCUGUUACAUAAUUCAUCGUGUUCCAUCGGGUUGAUGUAUUGUGGGGAUAGGGAUAGGAAUAGUGAAACGAAGACCCUUCACUCGUGUAUCUGCGGAAUUUAACGAUAAAAUGCAGUCAGAAUAGUUCUUCGAGUACCGAGACACGGUUCUAUGGCCUGCCGAAAGAAACGACGUUCAACACUGAAAAAACUUUUCAACCAUACAACCGCCAUCUUCCUCAGAAGUCCUAGCGUCCCCUGCUAAACUGUAUACACUUUCCGUUGUAGUACAUACUUCGAAGUAGAACACUUUUUGUACUUGGUGUAAGUGUAAAUAAGCGAUUUAGUUUGACACAGCAGAAAAAACUAUAGCUAUAUGGAGAAACACCUACCCAUAAGACUGCAUCAUCAUCCCGUUAGAGCCCACACAAGAGACUUGGAAUAUAUGCCUUCGGUGCCAUUUUUAUCUCUAAAGUUCCGUUAGUCAGCCAGCGCCAGCAUCGCUUUCAUCUCCCGUUGCUUUCUUCGAGGCAAACAAGUUAGCCUGUGCCGGAGAUAGCGCAGAAAGUGUCAGUUUUUUCUCCUAACGCUAGUUUUCUUUUUUUCUUUUUAAAAAAGCCUAGUAACAAUAUUAUUUUACAUCGGCUACAAUUUCCUAUGUCCCUCCAAGCCGAAACACUGUACAGAAAAAAACAAGACUGAAGUCUCUGCAGUUCCCCAGAACAGAAGCUGAGUUUAUCAAGAAUGUGAACAGGAAAGCGCUCGUAUGUGCGCAGUGUGUAACAAAAAAAAUCUAAACGAUAACAGUGUGCGGAACAAACUAUAUUCGUGGAAUACUGAUGUACGUAAAAUAAUGCUAAAAUCACAGCGAACGAAAAAAAUUACUUCCAACAGCGACUUGACGCAACGAACGUCGCACAAUUAGAAGGCAACGUAGAAAGGAGCGCCUGCCUCUCGACCCGGAGUGAAAAAGUGCGUUUCAAAAUGACAAUGACGAAGAACAUUGUUUGCAUCUUGUGGCUGGUGGUGCUGCUCGACAUGAGUGAUACAGUUAACGGAUCGCAACGAGAGGCCAGCAAACAGCCGCAGCCAACGACUGCGAAGGACAGUGCGAGCCAAGUAAAUCUUCCCGGCAGCAGCAGAAAUGGCAACACCGAGCCCACGGACGCCACUCGGACGGGACCGUACUUCGACUUGUCUGCCUCGAAAAACGUUACCGCACUGCUGGGGAAGACUGCCUAUCUCAACUGCAGGGUGAAAAAUUUGGGCAACAAAACGAUGCUGCUGCAAGUGUCCUGGGUGCGGCACCGGGACAUCCACUUGCUUACCGUCGGCCGAUACACGUACACCUCCGAUCAGCGAUUCCGGGCGAUACAUCAUCCCCACACAGAAGACUGGAGCCUGCAGAUCAAGUAUCCGCAGCACCGAGACUCGGGCAUCUACGAGUGUCAGAUCUCGACAACGCCGCACAUGAGCCAUUUCGUACAUCUGAACGUAAUAGAACCUUCGACAGAAAUAAUUGGAGCCCCGGACCUGUACAUCGAGAGCGGUUCGACGAUAAAUUUAACGUGCGUGGUAAAAGACUCCCCUGAGCCACCGGCAUACAUAUUCUGGAACCAUAACAACGUUAUCAUCAGCUAUGAUUCACCACGCGGUGGGGUAUCUGUGAUUACCGAGAAAGGUGACACAACGACAUCCUUUUUGCUGAUUCAGAGCGCCAGACCGUCGGAUUCCGGACAGUAUACUUGUAAUCCGUCCAACGCCAAAAGCAAAAGUGUAACGGUACAUGUGCUGAAUGGUGUUUCCCAUUCUGUUUCCAGGGGAGUUCCCAGCAGCAAUGCAGCGCGCGGGCCAACCGCAUCAUCGCACGCCCCAGGGCCACCAGUUGUCAGUGCUGUUAUGUGUUUUUAUCUCGUCGCUAUUGUGCUACAGACUGUCAGCCGGUCCCGACCUUAUCGUACCGACGUAGCCGCUUUGCUAGAUGCCUACGCCAGCCUAGUUCUUAGAUCGUUUUCUUUCUUAACGCACACAAUCUGUCGAGUACUGAUCAAUCAAGUUACGAACCCCAUUCGCCUAGUGUGUAACAGUUUAACCAACUACAGCAUCCGGGUACCGCGAGGGAUUGUCCUGAUGGUACCCACACAGCUACUUCUAGCUCCACCACACGUCACUCCAUCCCUGCUUGCACGAUGGCAGCACAAUCACCGUCGACGGAUAUCGACACUACGACUGGAAGCACACGUUUUACCGCGACGGCGAACGGCUGCCGACACACCGACGCGAUCGGUUCUAAACAUAAAAGAUCACAUAUUUGAGUUUGUGUUACAUAACCUGUGGAAUCAAAGAUUCGCAGUUAGAUGAGGAAAUUUUAAGCUGUAGGUUAAUCAAUCAUGAUGGUUACUGUAAAUUUAAUAAAAAAAAAAAGAAUAUGGUCAAGAAGAAAAAAAACUUACUAAUAAAACCUUAAAUGAAAUUUAGCCUAAGGUCAUCUGUUAUUAUUAAUACUAAGAUUUAGGUAUCUAUUGCUAGAAUCAAAUGAAUAAGUUAUUAAAAUUCAAACUUAUUUCCAAAGGAAAGCAGCUAAGUCGAAGAGCGGACAAAAUAACCCAAAGACACGAAUACUGAAUUCAUUUUUAGAGCCACGUUGAACAGUUACGGAAAAGAGUAUUGGUAAUUGAGUGAUAUUUUCAUAUUGAAGAAAAAAAAAUAUGAUGACAAAAUAGUAACACGAAAAAAUAUAAAUGAAUUAUGAGAAAUACCAUAAAACAAUAUAUGAUAAAUGAAUGUACAAAACUAUGGAAAAAAUAUAUAAAAGAAAAAUAA